UACAGUGCCUUGUCCUAUGUAUGGGGCCGUCCGGAAAAACAACACAUCAUCUCAAUUGGUAGCCACAGUCUCUCUAUUACGGCGAAUCUGCACGCAGCCCUCUUGCGCCUUCGGGAUAGAUUUUUAGAGCGCAUUAUAUGGGUUGAUGCAAUUUGUAUUGACCAAGAAAACCUGGAGGAACGGGGGAGCCAAGUGCAGUUGAUGGCAAGGAUCUACCACAUGGCCAGCUGUGUUAUUGUUUGGCUGGGGGAGUUCGAAUCCAAUAGCGACCGAGCAAUCGAGGGAAUCAAUGCAGCUGCUGAUGGACAGCAUAUCGAGAAUGACCAAAUAGUUCAUCAAGCAGUCGUUCUGUUACUGCAGCGGGAGUGGUUUAAGCGCAUAUGGGUUCUUCAAGAAGUUGCCGCGGCACGAAGUGUCCUUUUGAUCUGUGGUCCCACGGAGAUUGAUGGAUAUAUAUUCUGCUUGGGUUUGAAAGCUUUAAACAUUGCCUAUACAGAUUAUCCGGAUUUGCAGAGCUUAAUCCACCCCACCAUCUACUUGAUACGGCGCGCAAUCUUUCGAUCCAAACACACGACUCCCAGUGAGGCCGGCAGAUUCUCGCUCAAUAUACGCCCCCUAUCUGAGUUAAUCGACAUGUAUCACACACGGCAGGCUUCAGAUCGUCGUGAUAAAGUAUAUGCGCUGCUCGGAAUGUGCUCAGACAACCAUGGUUCAGCUCUAUCUCCCGAUUAUAAUAUUCCGUGGAAGCAACUAUUUAUUCGACUAAUCCAAUUUAUUCUCGGUGAUUGCGUAUCUUAUGGAGACGAAGAUUCAUAUACUCUAACGGCCGUUAGAGAGUUGGCAAUGGUUUACAAGAAAAUGGACCGCCUAAAAGAGGGAGAGAAACUAGAGGAGAUGGCAAAUUUAAUCGACCGAAGUGGGGAACACUGCCAGAUUACAGAAGAGGGGAUGAUGCGCCUCGCAAGGCUAUUUGACAAGGACGUGAUGGAAUUACUAUUAUACAAGAGAGGGGACGAAGCCAUCGUUACGGGAAAAGUCAUCAAAGCUGCAUUACAGAAUUUGGACCAUAGCGAAGCGAUACUGACACUACUACUCGGAAACUACGAGCACCAGAUUGCUAUCACAGAGGAGGCUAUUGAGUUUGCAGCACAGUAUUCAGACAGACUGACGAUGGAGCUGUUUCUGAUGAGACGAAGAGAUCAGAUCCCGAUUACAGAGAGAAUUCUCCAAGCUGCGGUAACAAAUCCGCAGAACUACGAUAUUCUACCUCUGCUACUUCAAUAUAAAGGGAGACAAGCUCCUAUUACAGAAAGAACUAUUGAAGCUGCACUGAGAAGAGGCUAUCAGUGCCCUCACAUACGAAUGCUUCUUAACUGUCAAUGGAACCAAAUUACGAUUCCCACGGUAUAUGUCGAGGCUAUUGUAUGGCAUAAUGGAGAGCUGCUGAACCCACUACUUGACCUCCACGGAGAUAAAAUUACCAUUACAGAGGAGCUUACAAAAGCUGCAGCAGCAAGUACUAAAGCAACGAUGUCGUUACUUCUUACACGGCGAGGAGAUCAAGUUAUCAUCACAGAGGAUAUUAUCAAAGUCGCAGCAGGAAAUCAGAACGACGGCCUAGAAGUAAUAAAACUACUCCUCGAUCGGCGAAGAGACCAAGUCACUAUCACAGAGGAUAUUAUCAAAGUCGCAGCAGGGAAUGAAAAAUACGGUGUAAAAAUGAUGCAACUGAUCCUUAAUCAGUGGGGAGAUCAAGUAAUUAUUACAGAGGAUAUUAUCAAAGUUGCAGCAGGAAAUGAAAGACGGGGUGUGGAAAUAAUGAAACUACUCCUUGAUCAGCGAGGAAGUCAAAUUACCACCACAGAGGAUGUCAUCAAAGUCGCAGCAGGAAAUAAAGGACGGGGCUUGGAGAUUAUGCAACUACUCCUUAAUCAGCGAGGAGACCAAAUCGCUAUCACAGAGGAUAUCAUCAAAGCUGCGGCAGGAAAUGAAGGACGGGGCAUGGAAAUGAUGCAACUACUCCUUGAUCAACGGAGGGAUCAAAUCAUGGUCACAGAGGAUAUCAUCAAAGCUGCAGCAGGAAAUCAAAGGCGGGGCGUGGAAAUGAUGCAACUACUCUUCGAUCAAAGGGGAGACCAAGUCACUAUCACAGAGGAUAUUAUUGAGGUUGCAGUAGGAAAUCGACAUGGUGUGGAAAUAACAAAAUUACUCCUCAAUCAGCGAAGAGAUGAAAUUGCUAUUACGCAGUGUGUUAUUAAGGCUGCAGCAAGAAAUGAAGGUCACGGCAUGGAAAUAAUAAAAUUACUCCUCGAUAGUCGAGGGGGCCAGGUUAUUAUCACGGGAGAGUUUAUCGAAAACAUCUCAGGAAAUUGGCGUGGUUAUGGUAUAAUGGAUCUACUUCUUCGUGAAAGAGGAAACCAGAUUACUAUUACAGAGGAGGCUCUGAAAGUGGCGGCAGGAAAGGAUUCUAGUACAGAAAUAAUGGAGCUUCUCAUUACGCGUCAGGGAGACCGGGUCAUUAUCACAGAGGAGGUU